AUGUUGUUAACUCUUGUGGUAGUCCUAGCCUCGGCUGCCACUAUGGCGCGUGGCCAAUAUACACCCACGAUUAAUCCGGACUCAGUAAUCUUGUCCGAGCGUGAAACCUGGUGUAAUGCCCAAGUAUCAUCAUGUCCUAUCCUCUGUCUGCAAAUGCCCAACACAUCCGGGGCUCGAGUCAACAGCUGCUCUCCUAAUACCCUCUCCUAUGUGUGUGAAUGUAGCAACGGCCUCUCCCCGAAUUCCUCGCAGUACUCCCAGACUAUGCCAUACUUUAUCUGUACCGAAGCCAAUAAUCAGUGUGUUGCCAAGUGUGCCGACGCUAUGUGUCAGAGCGCUUGUCGCUCUGAUCACCCCUGUGGUGCUCAGGACCCUGUGCGAGUCAAUAUUACUGCCAUACCUUCAGCUACCUCUUCUGGGAAGGUUGCGGCAAAUACUACUACUCCGGCGGUACUUGGAUCCUUCACUGCGACUGGUGAUGCGAAUGGACCGCUGUCUGGGGAUAUGAGGCAUGUGUAUGGGCUUUGUGUGUUGGUUGGGGGUUUCGUUGUGGGUUUUGCUGCUUUGAUGUAA